AUGUUGAAUAAUAACGAUAUCUGGAGCAAAGUGCCUCCAAUACUAUGCUACUGUUGUGCAUCCAUCCUCAUGACAGUCGUGAACAAGUUCGUUGUGUCAGGCGCGCACUUUUCAAUGAAUUUUCUGCUAUUAUGCAUACAGUCGACCGUAUGCGUCGUUUGCGUGGCAACAGUGAAGAAAUUCGGCAUUAUCUCUUUUCGUUCCUUCGAUAUGCAAGACGCGAAAGCUUGGUUUCCCAUUAGUUUCUUGCUUGUGACCGUCAUUUAUACAGGUUCAAAAAGUUUGCAAUUCCUCAGCAUUCCCGUCUAUACGAUAUUCAAGAACCUCACGAUUAUACUUAUCGCCUAUGGGGAAGUCAUUUGGUUCGGUGGUAGAGUAACGGCUUUGACCUUUGUUUCCUUCAUCUUUAUGGUGAUAUCAUCAAUGAUUGCGGCAUGGUCGGAUGUUUCAAGCGGACUUUCUGGCUCCGUUCCUGCUACGAUUGCAGGUGCAGUUCGUGGGCUGAACGUUGGAUAUUUCUGGAUGCUUGUGAAUUGUUUGACGAGCGCCGCAUAUGUUCUAGCCAUGCGGAAAAGAAUCAAGGUUACGGGGUUCUCUGACUGGGAUUCAAUGUUUUACAACAAUCUGCUCAGUAUCCCAGUCCUUGCCAUAUUUUCCAUCGUGGUUGAAGAUUGGGGUUUAGAGAAUCUCGGUCGUAAUUUCCCUGCAGAGACGCGUAGCUUUUUAUUGACGGCUAUUGCAUUUUCCGGAGCCGCGGCAGUUGGCAUUUCAUAUACAACCGCAUGGUGUGUUCGCACGACAAGCAGUACAACGUACAGCAUGGUAGGUGCUUUGAACAAACUGCCUGUCGCCGCUUCGGGGAUGUUAUUUUUUGGGGAUGCGGUCACGUUUGGGUCAGUGUCAGCUGUUGGGGUUGGAUUCUUUGCAGGAAUUGUGUAUGCAGUUGCGAAAAACAACCAGAAAAAGACGGAAGGGCGACUGCAGGCAGAUGCCAUUAUACCAUUAGCGAGUCGGAAACCAUAG